AUGAAUAUCACCACAAGAGUGGCCAGCAUCAGCUGUACCAAUGCACAAUCGCACAACGGCAUAUGUGGAUUUGAUCCAAACAGGACUUCAAGUAACCUAACUCAUGAAUACCUCCAGCUCCCCACAUUCACCCCUGCGGCCAAGGCACGCGUCAUCAUAACCUUUGUUAUUUUUACUUUGUCUGCCUUCUGCAACUUAGCCGCUCUUUGGGCAGCUGCCCAUACAAGUCGGAAGAAAAGGUCUCAUGUACGUAUCCUAAUCCUUAACCUCACAACCGCAGACCUCCUGGUAACCUUCAUUGUGAUGCCACUGGAUGCCAUCUGGAAUAUAACUGUGCAAUGGCAAGCAGGAGACAUAGCCUGUAGAAUCCUUAUGUUCCUCAAGCUUCUGUCCAUGUACUCCUGUGCUUUUGUCACUGUUGUCAUCAGCAUUGACCGACAAUCAGCCAUUCUGAACCCCUUGGGCAUCAACGAAGCAAAGAAAAAGAACAAGAUAAUGCUGUCAGCAGCUUGGCUAAUGAGCGUUGUGCACUCAUUACCACAGCUUUUUCUGUUCCACACAGUUACCAUUACUGAACCACAGCAUUUCACCCAAUGUACCACAAGAGGAAGCUUCCCACAGCACUGGCAGGAGACGACAUAUAACAUGGUGAGCUUUGUAUGCCUGUUUCUUCUACCCCUGCUCAUCAUGAUAUCCUGCUACUCAAGGAUCUUGUUGGAGAUCUCCAGACGUAUGAGCAAGGGAACACUUUCCUCCAAAGAAAUUUAUUUAAGACGUUCCAAGAACAAUAUCCCAAAAGCACGGAUGAGGACCCUGAAGAUGAGCAUUGUGAUUGUGAGCUCUUUUAUUAUAUGUUGGACACCUUAUUAUCUACUAGGCCUGUGGUAUUGGUUCUAUCCGGAAGCAAUGGAAGAGAAAGUUUCACAAUCUUUAACGCACAUUCUUUUCAUCUUUGGCCUACUGAACGCCUGCUUGGAUCCCAUCACUUAUGGACUUUUUACCAUACAUUUCCGGAAAGGUCUUCAGCGCUACUGUCGAAGUGGAAGGACAUCAGAUCCUGACACCAGUUCAUCUGUAACUGGGUCCUUUCGCUGUUCGGUGUCCUCAUUCCGUGCUAAGAAAAUGAUGGUCUUGAACCAGGAACUGCAAGGAAGACAGGCCUACAAUGGCUUGUCAGCCCAAGCAGAGUUCAGGACAAAUGGCCUUACCAGUAGCUGCCUAUAAGUAUGACAGAGGUGUUAAACAAACUACUGUACAUUUUAUAGCCUGCAAAAUACUGCCUAAUGCCAUGAAACCUA